AUGGGUGCAGCAUGUAUCCUGGCUUACAUGUCUUGGUGCAAAGCUCACAAUCAAGAACACUAUAUUGAUAAGGUAAUACUUCUUUCUCCUGCUGGAAAUCAUCAAAAGAUUCCAACAUUGCUAUACUACCUAUCAUUUACAAUUCCUCUCAUUCGAAAAUUACCAUUCUGGAAUUAUUUUGGAUUUACUUCAAAGACCAUGAAAAUUCUAGUGGCAAAAGUUAUUCAAGAUAUCAACAACCAUAAGGCCACGAGGUCAUUAUUCUCUGCUUUUGCAAGCGCUCUUGUGUUGGGAGGUAAAACUCAAAACAAUCCAUUCCAAUAUGUCCAUAAUUUAGUGUAUCAUACCUUCAAUGCAACUUCGGUCAAAGUGGUUGAGCAUCUCAUUCAAAUGAGUACAAGUGGAAGGUUUUUAGCAUAUGAUUAUGGUCCAGAGACCAAUAAGAAAGUCUAUGGAACUGAAAAACCAUUUGACUUUUUCGAUUACUAUGACAAGCUCAAUAUUCCAAUCUAUAUCGUUUAUGCUGACGACGAUCGAGUGAUUCCCAAGCAAUGUAUACUCAGACACUACAAAGAAUUAAGAAAGUAUCAUCCUGAAACAAGCUUUGCUAAAAAGUUCAAGGAUUUAGGCCACUUGGAAUUAACACUCAGUAGCAACGAUCGAGUGAUUCAAUACAUUCUCAAAGUAUUGGGCCAGGAAGACGGUCCAAAAAAGUGA